AUGGCCCGUAACAAUCGCAUUGCACUUAGAAACAACGGAAGCAAGAUAUUAUCCAACAGAAACAUAAGUAGCAAGUCUCCGUCGUGCAACAGGCCUGCUAAACGGACACGAAAGGAAGGUUCGUUCAGACCUGACGGUUCCCCAAACAUGAAGUUUGUUAGCACGGUGUCCAAAAAUUCCAAAUGCCUAAACGUUAAGUCAUCAUGCUGCAAGUUUCGUCGAGGGAGCGCAAAAAACUCGGUGGGCACAGUAGACCAAGUGAUAUGCGAGAGAAAGAUAUUCACCACUGUAGCCAAAAUGCCGUCCGAAAUUCAAACGAAGUUGAUCAAGAAUGGCUGGAUCGGCAAAAUUAGAGUCGACGGUGACAGUUUUCAACGGGGCGAUUCCACAGUAAUAUCAUUACACCGUAACGCCGAGCGCAUCAAGGCGGUCGUCCAACGUUACGAAUCCGGUCUGGUGUGGAUAGACGAGUACAGCGGCGGCGUCAACUGGAAGACGCUUAACCCAAACGUCAUAGUCAACCGAUUCCCGAGGAACGCAAAUGCCGCAUUGAAAUUGUGUGGCCGAACUUUGGCUGGUAAAUCUGAGUUCGAUGUUUACUACCCAAGGGCAUACUCAGCAAGCGCCAACGGGAUACACACGGACAGUAGCUUCAUCGCAGACUACUCGUUAACCGCUUGCGUGUCGUUACUACGUGCAUUCGUAGACGGUGGUCAUCAAACUAUGUGUGCCAAAAACGGCCAAGCUCCUCUUUCUGCACUUCACUUCGCCGCGAUUAAAUGCCACCAAUACUUAUCAAACGGUAGAUCGCUAGGGGCGACAAUAUUUCCGGGCAAGGGAGAUGGCUGGGAAACGUUUUUCGAACACUACUAUAUGAUCGUGCACGACCAGAAGAAGUUUAUUGUGUCGGGGACGGGUGAUGAGGUUGAUGCUGCGCUGUGCUAUCUGGAGGAUUCUAGUAGAAUGAUCGUAAACCAGAUAAUGGCGGCAAGGCCACAGACGGUGAUGGACGGCUACGAGAACAUUUGGAUAGYCAAGGAUGCGGUURGCCAACGUCACCCGCCAGUUAUGUUGAACAAGAUCGGWGACGUGCUGGAUCGUUGCGCUCGAGUGGGUAACAACUGCAUCGUGCAGAAGUAUAUUGAGACGCCACUGCUCCGUGACAACGUCAAGUCUGACGUGCACACGUGGAUCGUUUUAUCCACGCUUGACGGCAGGCUGACGGUGUGGUUGCACCGGAUGUGCGUCGUGCAACCAUACCCGCAAAAAUUCUCACUGUACCGGAACUCCGACAGGUCCGGACAUUUCAACCGACUCAAGUCGGGRAGGCUGCACGGGAUGGUGCGAUCGACGGCGCUAAUUUGCAGCCUACAACAGCUCGGGGCAAAGAUGAGACGUGGUAUAAAAAUGGACAAGGUGCAGCAACAGCAAAAGCAGCAAUUGAUGAACGACAAUGGUGAAGACAGCAACGGSGUAUACUGGGCGAUCAAGCGAUCCGUGGUGUCAACGAUAAAAGCGGCCGUGGCGUCCGGUUCUAUCCACCUACGACCAAACUGUUUGGAACUGUUCCGUGGUACGUUUGUGUUGGGCAACGACUUAAAGCCGUGGAUGAUAGACAUCAUGUCAGACGACCCUUGUCUGGCCGCCGAUUCCAAAGAUCGCGGCCGGAUGYCACCUGCGGCUAAUCGCGUGGCUCGAAGCGUAAUACGGGGCGUGGGCAUGAUGCUGGUUGAUAAAGACCGUGGUUCAGCUACUAGGAUUGGCAUGUUCAAAAUGGUGGACGAUUGUCCGAUGCCGUCCGGCCCCGGAUCGUACACUUCGCAACAUUUCACCACUUCCAAGUCACCGGCCAAAAAAACCCACCGUCCACGCACGGUCAUUCGUACGUCACACGGUGACUUCGUGGAUGACUGUACCCAACAUCACUGGUGGGACGACGAUAAUAUCCAAACGUGUGUUGAGAAGAUUACCGCGGAAGACGUGAUGCAGGAUGAACUGAAGAUGUCCUCUUGGGCGGAUGAUGUGGAUYUGAAUGCCAAAAAUCAAGAUCUUAACGACCCAUACGAAAGCCGUCAAUGUUUAAAGCUGUUAGACAAGCAUAAGACGAAAAUCACAUCUAUUCAAAAUAUUUGCAAGACAAUCAUCGGUCGAAAUCGCAAGAAUAAGAAACAUAAUCCGUUACGCCCACUGAACUAA